GUAAUUAUAAAGACUAGUCCAUGAAAUCUUGUGUAAUUCAAAUGGAAGAUAAAGUACUCUCAAUUCCAUAAAGAAUUUUAACAUCGGUGCAUGUCUAAUUCAAAGCUUUGAUUAAAUUAGAAGAGAUUCGCAUUAUUUUUCGAACCUCCAAACUCAUUUUCCUUCCAUAUAUUUUUUCUUAUUUCUUUUCGUGUCCAAUUUUUCCUUUUACUAAAUCCUUAUAUUUUUUUAAUUUUUUUUCGUUCUUCCAACCCCCUCAAUCAAUCCUCUCACUACCAUUAAUUUCUUUAAGCCUUUUCCUUUUUCAAUUCAAUGCUUCUUCUCUGAUUAUUAUUCUUUCACUUUUCUUUACUUUGUUGACAAAUUUUUACUCUGUUUCAAAACCAUUCAAUUAUUUUGAAUUAAUUUCUGACACAUAUCAACACUUUCCGCGCAAUUUCUUCACAGAUUCAACAUUCAUGGUUCAGUUUUUCUCUUCUUAUUCUUCUUCACUGAAAAAUUCGAGUUCUAUUGAACAAUACUUAUUUUUCUGCAUAAACUGCAUUAUCCUUUUGAAAUAUUCUUCUGGGGUGUAAAUUUUAUUGAUAAAGUUGAAAUUUUGUCUUCAAAUUUUAAUACCCUUUUGAAAUAUUCUUCUGGGGUGUUAAGAUUAUAGAUAAAGUUGACAUUUUGACUUCAAAUUUUGAUACUCUUUUGAAAUAUUUAUCUGGGGUGUUAAGAUUAUUGAUGAAGUUGACAUUUUGACUUCAAAUUUUGAUACCCUUUUGAGAUUUUUUGUUUACAUAAUGAAGCUUGUGGUUCGUGUGAUUGAGGCAAAGAAUUUGCCACCAAUGGAUCCUAAUGGGUUGAGUGAUCCAUAUGUGAGGUUACAGUUAGGAAAACAAAGGUUUAGAACUAAAGUGAUUAAGAAGAAUUUGAAUCCUAAAUGGGAUGAAGAGUUUAGUUUUAAGGUUGAUGAUCUUAAAGAAGAGUUACUAAUUUCUGUUAUGGAUGAAGAUAAGUUUUUGAUUGAUGAUUUUGUUGGUCAACUUAAAGUUCCUAUGUCACUUGUUUUUGAUGAAGAGAUCAAAUCCCUUGGUACUGCUUGGUACUCGUUGCAACCGAAAAGCAAGAAGUCGAAAAACAAGGAAUCUGGUGAGCUUCGUUUGAGUAUAUAUUUUGAACUGAAAACUGCAUCCAUUGAGUCAAAUGUUCAUGGUGAUCUAGUAUUUCAUCCAAGAAAAAUUACCGAUUCUAUUAUGGAAUCGCCUUCAAGAUCUUCCACUGGAUAUUCAAGCUCAUCUUCUCCUGCAAGGGAAGAAGUUACAUCUGUUAAGGAUGAAAAAUCCGGUACGCAGAAAUCACUCACAGGAAGAAUUGCUCAUAUCUUUAAUAAGAGUUCUGAUAUGUCGUCAAACCUAUCAUCACGUAGAAGUGUUGACUCAGACCAAACUGAAAUUAGUAAAGACGAAGUUAUUGAGGUCAAUACGGAAGCUCAGUCCUCGGACGAGACUUUUGAAGAAGCUAUGAAGAAAAUACAGGCUUCAGAUCAAGGAAGUGAAAUUCUGAGUAAUUUACCAGGAGGGUUGUUAGUUGAUCAACAUUAUACUAUUGCGCCAGAAGAGUUGAACACAUUACUCUUUUCUUCCGAUUCAAAUUUUCUCAAGUCGUUGGCAGAUGUACAGGGUAGUACAGAACUGCAAUUAGGACCUUGGAAAUUUGAGAAUGGUGGGGAGAGCCUCAAAAGAUUAGUCACUUACAUCAAGGCUCCGAGUAAAUUAAUUAAGGCAGUCAAAGCGUUUGAAGAACAGACAUAUUUAAAAGCCGAUGGGAAAAACUUUGCCGUUCAAGUCAUUGUCAGCACUCCUGAUGUUGUGUAUGGGAGCACCUUUCGGGUAGAAUUACUCUAUAUGAUCACACCUGGACCGGAGUUGCCCUCAGGGGAACAGUGUUCGCAUCUGGUUAUAUCAUGGCGAAUGAAUUUCUUACAGAGCACCAUGAUGAAAGGAAUGAUAGAAAACGGGGCUCGGACAGGUAUGAAGGAAAGUUUUGAACAAUAUGCCAAUUUGUUGUCUCAGGAUGUUAAACCUGUUGAUCUAUCGGAACUUAGUUCGAGUAAGGAACAAGCUUUGGCAUCAUUACAAGCAGAGCCACAGUCUGAUUGGAAGCUGGCAGUGCAGUAUUUUGCUAACUUCACGGUAGUCUCAACAGUUUUCAUAGGGUUGUAUGUGCUUAUCCACAUAUGGCUUGCUUCUCCAAGUACAAUUCACGGGCUCGAGUUUGCUGGACUUGAUUUGCCAGAUUCAAUAGGUGAAUUUGUUGUUUGUGCUGUCCUGGUUCUUCAAGGUGAACGCAUGCUAGGUUUAAUCUCACGCUUCAUAAAAGCCAGAGCUCAAAAGGGUAGUGAUCAUGGAAUUAAAGCUCAAGGAGAUGGGUGGUUAUUAACUGUUGCCUUGAUUGAAGGAAGCGAUUUACCUUCUGUCGACUCUGGUGGAUUCUCUGACCCGUAUGUGGUGUUUACUUGCAAUGGGAAAGUAAGAAACAGUUCAAUCAAGUUCCAGAAAUCUAAUCCUUUAUGGAAUGAAAUAUUUGAGUUUGAUGCAAUGGACGAUCCUCCUUCUGUGCUGGAGGUGGAAGUUUAUGAUUUUGACGGGCCUUUUGAUGCAACUACAUGUUUAGGGCGUGCUGAGAUUAAUUUUCUAAAAGUAAACAUCUCAGAUCUUUCUGAUAUAUGGAUUCCUCUUGAAGGAAAGUUAGCUUUGGCAUGUCAGUCUAAGUUGCACUUAAGAAUUUUCUUGGACAACACUCGAGGUGGAAACGUAGCAAAGGACUAUUUAAAUAAAAUGGAAAAAGAGGUUGGGAAGAAGAUUAAUAUGCGGUCUCCUCAAACUAAUUCGGCAUUCCAGAAACUCUUUGCGCUUCCAGCUGAGGAAUUUCUCAUCAAUGAUUUCACCUGUCAUUUGAAAAGAAAAAUGCCCCUGCAGGGACGUCUAUUUCUAUCACCAAGGAUAAUUGGAUUUCAUGCAAAUUUGUUUGGAAAGAAAACAAAAUUCUUUUUUCUUUGGGAGGAUAUUGAAGAAAUCCAGGUUGUUCCUCCUACAUUUUCAUCAAUGGGGAGUCCAAUAAUUGUCAUAACUCUUCGACCGGGUAGAGGUGUGGAUGCAAGGCAUGGUGCAAAAACACAAGAUGAACAAGGAAGGCUAAUCUUCCAUUUCCAGUCCUUUGUUUCGUUCAGUGUUGCACACAGGACUAUCAUGGCUCUCUGGAAGGCCAGAUCCUUGACUCCGGAACAGAAGGUCAAGUUCGUUGAACAGGAAUCUGAAACUAAAACCCUUAUAAGCGAAGAUAGUUGUCCAUUCCUUGCCCUCGAUGAUGUCAGCAUGUCUGAGAUUCAUUCGUGCUCUCUUCCAAUUCCUGCAAAUUUCCUCAUGGAGAUAUUUAGUGGGGGUGAGGUUGACCGUCGUGUCAUGGAAAACUCGGGCUGUCUUAAUUACUCUUAUACUCCUUGGGUAUCCGAGAACACUGAUGUCUCUGAGAGGGCAGUAUAUUACAAAUUUGAGAAGCAUAUUUCGAGUUAUAAAGGUGAAGUGACAAGUACUCAACAAAGAUCUCCACUUCCAGAUGGAAAGGGUUGGCUUGUGGAAGAGGUUUUGAAUCUUCAUGGCGUUCCCCUUGGUGAUUAUUUCAAUAUACACCUUCGCUAUCAAAUUGAGGAUUUGCCCCCAAAAGCAAAAGGGUGUAGAGUUCAAGUAUUUUUUGGAAUUGAAUGGCUAAAAAGUACAAAGAAUCAGAAAAGGAUUACAAAGAACAUUGUACAGAAUCUUCAGGAACGUCUUAAAGUGACGUUUAGUCUUGCUGAGAAGGAGCUUUUACCUAGAUAGAAAAUGAUACAUCAACAUGCAUGGGAACUAGCUGCUAUUGAGUCGACACAGAUGUCGGUUCCAUUCACGGGCUUGGACUCGACUAUAUAAUGCAUCAAAUUAUAAGGUUCAUGUGAUUGUAUUGUCUGUCCUAACUUCGUUGAGUAUCAGUGGAAUAUGAUGCAUCAAAUAUCAGUUGAAUAUCAGUGAAACUCUUAGCAGAACUAGAAUGAUGCCGAAAACUGUGCUGGUCUUCAAACUAGAUUACUUGCAGGAGAAGUUACUUGAUUGUUCCAUUGUGCAUAACCAUGAUUAUGGCAGGAGAUACUCACCCAGAUUGUAACAGCAUAGUUGAUAGCUUAUCACAUGGAUUAGGAACAUUAGGAACAUCAGGAACAUGUAUAUUCAUGAUUAUUAAGAUUGUGACAGUUGACAGUAGUUGUCAAGAAAUGCUUUUUGACAUAUAGGAAAUGUAGAAAUUUUUUAUGUGACAUGAAGCACCGAUCCUUCGAUUAUUAUUUGUUAAAAUUUGAGAUACAUUUUUUGUUUUAUAAAUAAUUUGGAACAGUAAUAUGGCAUUCUUUUAUCCUU